AUGGCUCUUGAUUCUGUUGAUGAUGCCUACAAUGGCUGUAGAGAGAACAUGUCAGAAUUGGUGAAGAGUCGUUAUCUGAAUCAGGAGAGAAAAGCGAACAUACAUUUUAAUGAUGGAUGGAAGCUGGCAGAGAAAAGGGCCAAAGCAGAUGAGGGUCUUGAGAAGGAGCAGGCAGUUGCUUUAUGGGUCUACACAAGCAGCCAUCCCAAUGUUUACGCUGAUUUUAACAGGGCUGUUGGUCAUGGUAAAAGAAGUUACAAGAAUGGCACAUUCCAAUACUAUUCCCUUCACUUUCUAUUGACCACUGCCAUUCAGAUUCUCAAAGAAAAGCAAAAAUCUCAUAUGAGGACAUACCGGCGGACCAAGGGCACUUAUGACAACAUCAAAGUAGGAAAAACAAUUCGAUUUGGCAGAUUUGCCUCCGCCUCUUUAGACUACAAUGAAACAAUCAGUUUUGGUGACAAGACUUGUUUUGAAAUUGACACCCAUUUUGGAGCUGACAUAACAAAGUUCUCUGGGAAUGAAGCUGAACAAGAGGUUCUGAUACCACCAUAUGAAAAAUUCAAAGUCACAUCUAUUCAUAAGAAAGAAGAUGAGCCUAAUCUGUGGUGUGAUCUUGUUUAUAAGGUAGAGAGUGACAAUACUCAAAGUAAGCUAAACUGUGCUGUGGCUAACAAAGUUCAUUGA